AUGGCCGUGUCACAAACGAUUUUCCUGCAGUGCCCUUCGGCUUCAAUUUCACCUUUCUCGGCACCACCUUCUUCUGCAAUUAAUCGCGUUUCUGUAAAAUUUAUGGUUUCUUGCUGCUCCGUUGCGUCGCCAGUUACUCUUGUUAACGGAAAUGUAGAUAGCAAGCCGUCGGAGAGAAAUGAAGUUCGGCUCGGGUUGCCGAGUAAAGGCCGAAUGGCAACGGACACUCUCGAACUUCUCAAGGAUUGCCAAUUAUCGGUGAGGCAGGUGAAUCCACGACAAUAUGUAGCUGAAAUUCCCCUGCUUCCAAAUUUAGAAGUUUGGUUUCAACGGCCAAAAGACAUUGUGAGAAAAUUGGUUUCUGGAGAUUUAGACCUUGGUAUUGUAGGUCUUGAUACAGUUUCAGAAUAUGGGCAGGGGAAUGAAGAUCUCAUCCUUGUCCACGACGCUCUUGAAUAUGGAGAUUGUCAUUUAUCUUUAGCAAUACCCAAGUACGGCAUUUUUGAGAACAUUAACACUUUGGAAGAGCUAGCACAGAUGCCACAAUGGACAACUGAAAGACCUCUGAGAGUUGCUACUGGCUUCACAUAUUUGGCUCCAAAGUUUAUGAAUGAUAAUGGAUUGAAGCACGUCACUUUUUCAACUGCUGAUGGAGCCCUGGAGGCAGCUCCUGCAAUGGGAAUAGCUGAUGCUAUUGUGGACCUUGUGAGCAGUGGAACCACAUUGAGAGAAAAUAAUUUGAAAGAAAUUGAAGGUGGAGUCAUCGUGGAAAGUCAGGCUGUCCUUGUUGCUAGCAGAAAAUCAUUGACCCUGCGAGAAGGCGUGCUCGAUAUAACUCAUGAAAUGCUUGAAAGACUGGAGGCACAUUUGAGGGCUGCUGGUCAAUUCAUGGUAACAGCCAACAUGAGGGGAAGCAGUGCGGAGGAAGUGGCCGAGCGAAUACUAAACCAAACAUCUUUAUCUGGGUUGCAGGGACCCACUGUCAGCCCAGUUUUUUGUAAACGUGAUGGGAAGGUGACAGCAGAUUAUUAUGCCAUAGUUAUUUGUGCACCAAAGAAAGAACUGUACAAAUCUGUUCAGCAGCUUAGGGCGAUUGGAGGUAGCGGGGUUUUGAUUUCUCCUUUGACCUACAUCUUCGACGAAGAAACUCCAAGAUGGCGUCAACUUCUUUCGAACUUGGGGAUGGGUUUCUGA